AUGCUGCAUACCGUGCGGUCUCGACCAUGGACCUGCCGCGUCUGCCUGCAGCGUCUGCAGCGUUCCAAUGCCGAGCGAACUUUUGCAACAGCCGUCGCUGCCGAUCAGCAGCAGGCUUCUGUCGAUUUUGCAGCAGCAAGCAAGUUUGCAAAGCAACGCGAUGACGAGACAUUGAGACGGGUUUUUGAUUCGCGUCCAUUCUGGCGAGAGUUCUCGAAUCGACGAGCAAAUAGUUCCAAACGAACCGGCAUCGUGCAAAACCAAUACCUGAGCAAUCCUGAAGGGUUCCGACAGUUCGCGCAAACGUCACUGCAGAAAUGCCAACGCAUCGUUUCAAAGGUUCUGGGAGCGUCUACGCUGGAGGACUACAAAUCAAUGGCCAAGGACUUAGAUCGAUUAAGUGAUCUUUUGUGCCGAGUUAUUGAUUUGUCUGAUUUCGUGCGAGGCAAUCAUCCAGAUCCAAGGAUACAGGAGGCAGCUACGCAGGCUUACGCGCUCAUGUUUGAGUAUAUGAAUAUUCUCAACACCACGACGGGCUUGCAUGACCAGUUGAAGAAGGCAGCAGCUACCCCCGAAGUAACAUCCAGUUGGACCGAAGGCGAGAAAAUGGUUGCUCAAAUACUGAUCAAAGACUUUUCAAAUUCCGCAAUCCACAUGCCCCCGAAAGAUCGACAGCGAUUCGUCAACCUGUCCAACGAUAUCAGCCAGCUGGGCUCUGAUUUUGCCAACGGAGCUGAACCGGCGAGGCCACAUGUUGUGCUGAGCAAGAGCAGUGUUCAGGGUUUAGAUCCCGUGGUUGUGCAUCAGUUACAGAGGUGGAACAGUGUCCCUAUUCCGACUUGGGGCAUGGAACCUAGAUUAGCGCUCAGAUCUAUGCACAAUGAACAAGCUAGGAGGGAAGUUUAUAUGGCGACACGAACAUCGAGCAAACGUCAAAUUCAUCGGCUAGAAGAGCUUCUAUCGAAGCGAGCGGAACUGGCCAAAUUGUCGGGAUAUACUACAUAUGCUCACAUGGCAUUGAGCGAUAAAAUGGCCAAAACGCCUGAGGCGGUUUCCAACUUCUUGACGGCUCUUAUCGAUAACAACCGCGUUCCAGUGCAGGAAGAGCUUUCCAAGCUUCAGCGCAUUAAGGGAUCAUCACCACUACAGCCGUGGGAUCAUGCAUACUACGUUCAGAAGCGUGUAUUGGACUAUGCGAUGGCUCGACGAUCUCGUGAGUUGAGCAGAGUUCCGGAGUUCUUCUCGCUGGGGACCGUGAUGCAAGGUCUUUCACGCCUCUGGAAUCGUCUGUAUGGACUGCGGCUAGUACCACAGGAGACACUUCCAGGGGAAACUUGGAAUUCUGACGUUCGCCGAUUGGAUGUCGUUGACGAGUCGGGGCAGCACAUUGCUGUGAUAUAUUGUGAUUUGUUUACGCGGCCUAACAAGAGUCCAAAUCCAGCUCAUUUUACGCUUCGGUGUGCGCGUGAAAUAUCUGCGGAUGAAAUCGCCGAAUCAGCAGCAAUGGACCCCCCGUCUCAUCCUAACGAUGGGAUGGCUACGGCAAUGAUUCCAGGUUCGAAUACUCUCCGACAACUACCUACGAUUGCUCUUGUCUGCGAUUUCCCGGAGCCACCAGUGUCUGGUAACGGUCCGCCCACGCUGCUCUCCGAACAUAGCGUGAGAACACUAUUCCACGAAAUGGGACAUGCAGUACACUCCGUACUUGGACAGACGCCACUGCAGUCGAUCUCAGGUACAAGAUGUUCAACUGACUUUGCGGAGCUGCCAUCUGUGCUCAUGGAGAGCUUUGCCACGGCGCCAGAAGUUCUCUCACUCUAUGCACGACACUGGGAGAGCGACCAACCUUUAUCGGAGAACAUGAUGCAAAGCAUGGCGGCAGAUCGCGCAGCAAACGGGAAUAUCUACGGGGCAGUUGAGAACGAAGCGCAAAUCCUAAUGGCGCUUGUCGACCAAGCGUAUCAUGCGCUAGCAGCGGGUAAUGGAAGUAAGAGAUCCAUCGACAGCACUGGUAUCUACCACCAGGUCUUUUCUACGCAUUGCUCUCUUCCCGAUCCCCAGGACAGCAACCCUCUGACAUCUUGGCAAGGGUUCUUUGGGCAUUUAUACGGCUAUGGCGCUACGUACUACAGUUAUAUAUUUGACCGAGCGAUUGCCAACAAGAUCUGGCAGGACGUGUUCCAAGCGGGCAAGCUGUCGAUUGAUCGGCAAGCUGGAGAACGCUAUAAGAACGAAGUGCUUCGCUGGGGUGGUGGACGAAACGGAUGGCACUGCGUGGCGGGGGUUCUUGGUGAUGCCAAUGCGUCGAAUGCAAAUGGACGAUUGGCAGAGGGCGGCGAAGAGGCGAUGCGUGAGGUUGGUCGGUGGGGGUUAGGACGGGAUGGGAUAUAA